AUGGGCGGGAAACCCAUAGACCCAAACGGUAGCAAGAUCGGAAAUCUCAACGAGGCCGUGAGGAAACUGGAGGGUCUCCUCACAGAACCCCAAAAAGAUGUCGAAGACAUCAUCAGGGCCCAGGCGGCCAUGGAGAGAGAUGUUAUGGCGCUACCGGAUGGAGUUGCCGCAAAAAUUCAUAGCAUUCUCCAGGACGUGAGGCGCCGCGCAGCUUCCGUUGUACAAGACGAAGCUGCCGUCAAUAAUGCGAGCGCCAUGGACCAGGCUGCGGCGAAUGCCAUCGACGAGGCUGCUGCAAGCGUUGUCAACGAUGCUGGCGCAAGCGGCGUUGACAACGCUGCUACGAUCGCUGUCGGAGAUGACAGUUCAAGCGGCGUUGACGACGCUGCUACGUCUGCUGUCGAAGAUGGCAGUGCAAACGCCUUGGAUGAUGCCUCUGCGAGCGCCAUGGACGAGGCUGCGGCGAACGCCAUGGGCGAGGCUGCGGCGAGCGUCGUCGACGAUGCUGCUACGAUCGCUGUCGGAGAUGGCAGUGCAAGCGUCAUGGACGACGUUGCUACGUUUGCUGUCGAGGGUGGCAGUGCAAACGCCUUGGAUGCCUCUGCGAGCGCCAUGGACGAGGCUGCGGCGAACGCCAUGGGCGAGGCUGCGGCGAGCGUCGUCAACGAUGCUGGCGCAAGCGGCGUCGACGAUGCUGCUACGAUCGCUGUCGAGGAUGGCAGUGCAAGAGCCUUGGAUGAUGCCUCUGCGAGCGCCAUGGACGAGGCUGCGGCGAGCGGCGUCGACGAUGCUGCUACGAUCGCUGCUGCGGCGAGCGUCGUCAACGAUACUGGCGCAAGCGGCGUCGACGAUGCUGCUACGAUCGCUGUCGGGGAUGGCAGUGCAAGCGUCAUGGACGACGCUGCUACGUCUGCUGUCGAAGAUGGCAGUGCAAACGCCUUGUGUGAUGCCUCUGCGAGCGCCAUGGACGAGGGGGAGACCACCACCAAGGGUCAACGAGAUGAUGACGAUAAUGGUGAUUGGGACAGAAUGAGCGAGUUGUCUGCGCUCACCUCGGAGUCCGAUAGUGAGCUGAUUGAGAAGAAGCAAGCUCCAGAGGCAAGUGGACACUCUUCCCUCGCUUUUCAGCCUUCAGCAGACGGGAGCGGUGAGCUUCCCGUGCUCACAACCGAGCCUGCACCUGAGCUCGAGGGAAAUCUCGAGCCAGAACCAGAGCCAGAGCUCGAGUUUGAGGAUGAGCCAGAGACCGAGCUUCAGUCUGAGCGCGAGCCGCAUUCGCCAGCGACACCUGAUGAGCACCCCGGCUUGCCCGUUGCAGCACAGUUGUGCACGCCGACCGCCCAUCGCGCGCCUGGCAGGCUCGAGCUCUGCCGCGAUACUCCAGGACCGGAAGAGACCUCAAGCAAAAGGAAGCUUACUCGCGAUCUAAGCAAGACACCACGCCCAAGGAAGAUCCAGCGCAUGUCGAGUAACAUGUCGGCUGCAUCACAUACGCGCGUUCCGUCGUGA